AUGAUGGCAGCUUCUGUCAAAGUCAUUGAACUGGGCUUCGUCCAGGAGGCGGAAUCAUGGCGGCUGCGUAGCCUCCAGUUCCCCAGUAAGACGGGAGGUCGGCCGGCGUGGCUGGGUGAGGCGGGGGUCCCGGGCCCGGAAGCUGUACAGUGCGGGCUGUGCGGGAAGCCCCUGGCCUUCUUAUUACAGGUCUAUGCGCCGUGUACGGGCAGCUUCCACCGGACCAUCUUCAUCUUCUGCUGCCGGGACCCUCAGUGUCACCAUGGGGCGGAGAGGCGGUGCUUUAAAGUUUUUAGGAACCAGCUCCCUCGGAAAAAUGAUACUUAUUCUUAUGGCCCACCGCCUGAUUCACCGCCACCUGCAAGUGAAGACUCCAUAAGCUUUCAACUGAAGUGUGGCCUUCGUCUCUGCAGAGUAUGCGGCUGCUUGGGACCAAAAACAUGCUCCAAAUGUCAUAAAGUCAAUUACUGUAGCAGAAUACAUCAGUUGAUGGAUUGGAAGUUACAACAUAAACAUCUGUGUAAUGAGUCUUUUGAUGCGCAGGGUGUUCAGGUUGCAGUUCACGGAUUCCUGUUUCCAGAAUAUGAAAUUGUCACAGAACCAGAGGAGACAGAUUCUGAUGAUGACAGCACAGGAAUGGAGUUGGACACUUUGACAUCAGAGGACACAUCUUCAUGUAUUGAAUCGUCCUUGGAUGAAUUAAAAUUGGAUGAGAAUGAACUGAGUGCUAUGGCAAAACAAGAAACCAAAGAAGACAAGAUAUUUAACAGCUUCAAGAAACGGAUUUCUUCAGAACCAGAGCAGGUCCUGAGGUAUUGUAAAGGUGGAGAUCCUCUCUGGCUUUCACUCCAACAUAUCCCAGAAAAGGAUGAUAUUCCUAAGUGUGCAUGCGGAGCCAAAAGAAUGUUUGAAUUUCAGGUAAUGCCGCAGCUCCUGAACCAUCUGAAAGUGGACAGCCUUGAAGAAAGCAUUGAUUGGGGUAUUCUAGCAGUGUACACGUGUGCUGCCAACUGCAAUGCAGAGAAACAUUAUGUGGAGGAAUUCCUGUGGAAACAAGAUGUGCCAGGAAAUACCAUGUGA